GGCACUGUUGGCGGCGUUGAUAUUAAUUACAUGAAGUCAAAUGUUGUCACUUUGGAUACACGACAAGAGGUUUUCUCACACAAGAACUUCACUCAAAACACUGUUUUCGUCUCAGAUUUAAUCAGCGAUUUGUUGAAUGGCAUUAAAAUGCGCGAAUUUGGUCCCAAUGUUAUACUGAAGAAUCAAAAGGGGAUAAUUGUUCGCGGUUUUAAGACAUUCAAUGGCAGUGUAAUACUCAGAUCAGAUCUGAAUCUUAGCGGAACUGUUAAUGGCAUUAAUGUCGUCGACUUAGCCCGAAGAGUAGUGUCGAGAACUAGGAAUAACGUGAUUCUGGCGCCAAUGACUUUUGUCAAUGAUCUUCAUUUAAGACAUCUUACGCUGCGAUCGCCGGCGACUAUUGACGGCUUGAGACCGAAUGAGUUGGCAUUUGUCGGCAAUAAUCUGCUAUUGAGUGGCAAUAAUCGGUUCAAUCAGACUACUGUGUCCGCACUGACAGACAUUUUUGUUGGCAAAACUAUCAAUGGAUGCGAUUUACGAGAUCUGGAGAGGAAUGCUGUCCUACGCGACUCCAUCAGUCACUUCCAGAGCCUUCGCGGCGCCAAAGAGUUUGACAGUUUGAAUGUCUUGGGAAACGUUAUGAUUGAGGGCCCCAUAAAUGGUGUCGACUUUAACCGAUUAGUCUCGCAGAUAGUGAGCCGAACGGACGCUCAAGUGAUCAGAGCUCCGGUUACUUUCGAGAACGAUGUGGUGGUCGAGCAUCUGAUCCUAAGAAAUGUUAUAAAUGGAAGGAAUUUGACUUUUAUAUUGAACGACGCGGUCCUGAAGACAAUGCCUCAAACAAUUGUCUCGAAAAAGGAUUUUUCUGGACCCCCUUUGAUGGCCAACGGAUCCCGUACUCAAGUGGACGGCGCUGUUAACGUGAAAGGACUGAUAAACGGAGUAAACAUCGUGACACUCGAUCAGACAACAGUGAAACAGGGCUCGACUGGUCCGUCGGCAACUCAGAGACCAAUUACUGGCGUCAAGACAUUGGCCGGAAGAGUGACUUUCAAGAGGGACGCGUUCAUCGGCGGUUCACUCAGCGGAAUCUCAUUCCCAAAUGAUGUGAUUCUUGUCAACACUAAUGAAUCGAUCGCUGGAGUGACGCGAUUCCAGCGCUGGAUCUCUGGCCUAAGAGGUCUGUUUGUCAACGGACUGAUCGAUGGCAUCAAUUUGACUCACUUUGUCGCCAAUCGGCUCACUCUCGAUGGCGACAGAGAGUUGAUUCAAUCGGCGCUUCACUUCACAAAUAGAGUGACUGUCGAUAACUUAGUCCCUGAGUUUAUCACAGGAAACACUGAGUUUAUACAACCCGUGUCUAUGAGUCAAAUGCAUAUCAAUGGGCGCCUAAAUGGAUACGAUAUAUCAGAUAUGGCCAACUUCUUCGGCAAACUUACUACAGAAGUGGACAAACAUUUGGACGCAAUUGGACUGCAGUUGAGAAGACAGGGAAAGACACUCGAGGCUCAGUUCGCAGCUCUUAAUAAGGAUCGCUCUUCUGGAAUCGAUCACUUUUUCCUAACGCAAGAGAUCUACGAAUCGGAUCCGAGAUUAUUGAACAAAUCGCCGCCGCGUCUAAACUCGCGGCUCUCAUCCCAACCG